AUGAAACCACCAUUAUUCAAAGGGGGGAUAGAACCAAUGAAAGCUGAAGCAUGGGUGCUGGGAAUAGAGAAGUUAUUCGAAGUUUUCCCCUGUACUGAAGCUCAAAAGGUGCAACUGGCUACCCUCACUCUUGAGGACGAGGCACGGAGGUGGUGGAUGCUUACAAGAACUAUACGUCAAGGAUUGACAUGGGACAGAUUCUUGCAAUUAUUCCACGAUAAGUAUUUUCCUCAAAGUAUGCGAGAUAAGAAGGUGACUGAAUUUGAAACUCUUAGACAAGGGAACAAGACCGUUGCUGAAUAUGAAGCCCAAUUUGCAGAGCUAGCCCAGUUUGCACCUCAUAUGGUAGACACAGAUUAUAAGAAGGCACGGAAGUUCGAAGGGGGAUUACGGGGUGCUAUCCUGGACCGAGUUAAUAUGUUGAAGCUACCCACUUAUGUUGAUGUGUUGGAAAUGGCUGUUAUAGCGGAAGGAAAUAUUACUGCUCAGAACUGA